UGAGAGUCGCUGGCUUGCCGUUAAAGAAAAUGAACAAAACAUGGGUUCUGGUGGAAUGGAGAGAGGAGCCUCCCACCUAUGAUAUUGUCCCUAGAAAGGACAUACUGAAAAAAAAGUUUGAACCUGGAGAUGUUGUGGAUGUGGUUUAUGAAGAGGAAAGUUCCCCAGCCACAGUUAUAGAUAUUGAUGAGAGCAAAGAAACCCUCAGGAGGAGGAUGUUCCGGCUAGAGGGGAAAAGAAAAAGUCAGCCAUGUUUGCAAAAUGAUGCAAAAAGAGUGGCAAAGAAAAAGAAAACUUACACUCCAACUCAGUCCCCAUCUCACUCAUCAUCUGAUCAAGAGCCUCUGGUCAAACAUCAAGUCAUCCGCAGAAAGAAUAGUAUUUUAAUGCAGGAAAUAAACAGCAUGGAUAGUCAAGUUGGAGAGUCGUCAAGCCGAGAAACUCAACUUGAGAAAGAAAUUCUCCAAUUAAAAAAAGAAAAUGAAAAUCUAAGAGCACUCAAUAUAUCUCUGCAACAAGAAAUUCUUCCAAUGCUCAAGGGUAUAACCCGGACCCCUCUUACUGUGUGUCAACAACCACAACCACAUGGUUCAAUUUUGAGUCUGCUGUUACUUCUGAACUGCAACAUGCCAGAAAAGAUGAAUCAAGAGAAGGUGUUCUGA